AUGGAAUUGACAAGACCCAGUUAUGCUGUUGUUUAUGUCAUUCUCCUUUGUGCGUUGGCCCAAGGGGGCUCAGAGGGGAAGGAAGAGGAGUUUGCUAGAGAUGGUGGAGCGUUGACAUCAUCCAUUUAUGUUCAUAGAAUAAAGGUAGAAAAUGAGUGGAAACAGUGCAGGAAACAAUUGAUAGUGAGGAACAAUGACUUGCAUCCCCUGGAAGGGAGCAGUGACAUAAAGACUGUAAAAAGUAAUAUACACACAGAAACUAAGCAUCUGCCACUUCAUAUGAAAAGGAAAAAUUCGGAUUGCAUAAAGUUUAGUACUAGUCCUGUUUUAGAAAAGGGUAGCUCUCGAUAUUUGUUGAUAGAGAAUUCUGGAUCAACCUUUGGUGUGGAAAGUGGUCAUGGAAGAAAUUUGCUUGCUGAAUCACCAAAGAAUCAAAUGGCACCAAGUCCUUCUCCAUCACCAGCCAGUUCUCCAUUAUCACCAAGUCAUAGUCCAACACCAGCCCCUUCACCAUCAUCACCACCAACUCCAAUUCCCAAAAGUAAGGAUUUACCACUCCCUCCAGAUAUGUUUUUGCCAUUUCCACCUCCACUCCCUGUAGCUCGUUCUCCUCCUAAAAAUUUCCGACCUUUAGUACCUGUUCCUCCACCACCUAGCAAUGAUGACAAACAGAAGCAAAAAGUUAUUUUAGCUGCCACUUUAUCAGGAGUUGUAAUCUUGAUAGGCUUGGCCCUCUGUUAUUGUGCGACCAGAAGCAAAAAAAGUGAUAGCGAUGACAGCCCUUUGCUCGUAUUAACCUCAGAUGAUUAUGUUGGCGGUUCAAAGAAGGUUGUUCGAUUGGGAGAUUCUGACGUCGAAGAACAUGACAUUGGCAAUGGAAAGAACCCUUCUAAUUUUAGAAAUUUCUCCUCUAGGAAGGGUGGAGAUAUCAAUGUUUCAAUUGUGGAGACAGGAUCAUCAUCAGAAGGUGUAGAAAAAGCACCAGAGCCUUCUAGUGUAAAACCUGCACCUGCAUCUGCACCUGCACCUGCACCUGCACCUGCAUCUGCCCCUGCACCUCCACCUGCACCUCCACCUUCACCUGCACCUACACCUCCUCGUGGACCACCACCACCACCUGCGCCUCGUGCACCGCCGCCUCCUGGUCCUCGUGCACCACCGCCUCCAAGAGGUGCUCAACCUCCACCAGCUCCUCCCAAACAUACGGGAGGUAAUAAUCAAGGACCACUUGCUAAAGAAGGAAGUUCAGGUGAGGGUGACGCUCCAAAACCAAAACUAAAGCCAUUUUUCUGGGAUAAGGUUAAUGCAAAACCUGGCCAAACCAUGGUGUGGCAUGAGAUCAGUUCAGGAUCAUUCGUGUUCAACGAGGAAAUGAUGGAGUCUCUAUUUGGCUUCACCAACCAGAACAAUAACGAACGCAAAAAAGAUUCACCGGCUAUAGAUACAGUGCAAUAUAUUAAGAUUAUUGACCCAAAGAAAGCACAAAACUUAUCAAUUCUUUUGCGAGCUCUGAAUGUGACAACAGAAGAAGUUGUCGAUGCUCUUGUAGAAGGUAAUGAUAUUCCCAUGGAGCUUACCCAGACGUUGUUGAAGAUGGCACCUACACAAGAUGAGGAAAUGAAGCUUAAGAGAUUCACAGGACAACUGCAUGAACUAGGCCCGGCAGAGAGAUUUCUCAAAGUGUUGGUUGACAUUCCAUUCGCUUUCAAACGUCUUGAAUGUCUCAUGUUCAUGUAUAACCUUAGAGAAGAAUUUUCAAGCAUCAAGGAUUCCUUUUCCACAUUAGAGGUGUCUUGCAACGAUCUGAGACAAAGCAGGCUAUUCCUGAAACUCCUAGAGGCAGUUCUCAAAACCGGCAACCGCAUGAACGACGGAACCUACCGCGGCGGCGCACAGGCAUUCAGGCUCGACACCCUCCUCAAACUCUCCGACGUCAAGGGAACAGACGGCAAGACCACACUCCUGCAUUUCGUCGUCGAGGAGAUCAUCCGCUCCGAGGGAAUCCGCGCCGCGCGCGCCGAAAGAGCGAGGCGAAGCAACACCAGCGUCGGCACCAACGACGACUCUGAAGAGGGCGGCGAGUAUUCCGAGGAAUACUACAGCAGCAUCGGCCUCCAGGUUGUGUCGGGUCUCGGCGCGGAACUCGUGGCCGUGAAGAAGGCGGCGCUGAUAGACGGUGACGCGCUCUCCUCGGCGGUGUCGAAGCUGGGGUACUCGUUGGGGAAGACACAGGCGUUUCUGAACACGGACAUGAGGAACCUGGACGAAGAGAGCGAGUUCCUGCUUUGCAUGGAGCGGUUCAUGGAGAGUGCGAGGGAGGAGGUGAUGUGGUUGGUUGAGGAGGAGAAGAGGAUAAUGGCGCUGGUUAAGAGCACUGCCGAUUACUUUCACGGAAACUCCGGCAAGGACGAAGGGUUGCGUUUGUUCUUGAUCGUGCGUGAUUUCUUGCUCAUCUUGGACAAGGUUUGCAGAGAGGUGAAGGACACAACCAUGAAGCUGGCCAAGGCUUCCCGCAAUAACAAGAAGGAGCCUAGGACUUCGGCUUCUUCCCCUGACGCGCGUGGUCAACAAUCGCCAACUCUAUCCUCUGAUUUGCAUAGAAGGCUCUUCCCUGCCAUUGCUGAGAGAAGAGUGGAUUACUCUACCUCUGAUAGCUCUGAUGACGAGGACUUCUAA